AUGAACAACACGACAGGUACCACCUGGGGAGAUGGACCUGCUGUUGGAAGACUAGGUGGUAACAAUAUUCUUGAUGAAUGUAAAGAGUUAGGAACAAAACAUUUAGAACAGUCGACAGUACCUUGGAACAUAAGAGAACAAAUCAGACAGAUUUUGGAAGCAUGGAGAAUGAAUAAUUCCAACUUUGUUGAAACCAAAGCUGCCAAACAUGUAAUGGCAUGUGUACAGGAGAACAGUUGUAAUAAGCAUGUAGACACAGUAAAGGUAUUACUUACAAACAAGGCAGACAUUAAUAAGUGUAGAGAUAAUGGAGCAACUCCUAUGCAUAUAGCGUGUUACAAUAAUCAUAUAGAGACAGUAAAGCUAUUAUUGGAAAACAAAGCAGACAUUGAUAAGUGUGAUGAUAAUGAACAAUCUCCUUUAUAUAUUGCUUGUCAAAAUAAGCAUGUAGACACAGUAAAUGUAUUACUUAAAAACAAGGCAGACGUUAUUAAGUGUACAAAUAAUGGAGCAUCUCCUAUGAAUGUAGCGUGUUACAAUAAUCAUAUAGAGACAGUAAAUAUAUUACUGAACAACAAGGCAGAUAUUAAUAAUUGUGCAAAUAAUGGACCACCUCCUUUGAACGUUGCCUGUUACUAUAAUCAUAUAGAGACAGUAAAGCUAUUACUGGAAAACAAGGCAGACAUUAAUACGUGUGAUGCUAACGGAGCUUCUCCGUUAUACAUUGCUUGUCAGAAAAAUUAUAUACAGAUAGUUAAGGCAUUACUAGACAACAAGGCAGACGUUAAUAAGUGUACAAACAAUGGAGUAUCUCCUUUGAAUGUUGCUUGUUUCUAUAAUCAUAUCGAGACAGUUAAGGUUUUAUUGGACAACAAUACAGACAUUAAUAAGUGUGAUGCUAAUGGAGUUUCUCCGUUAUUUAUUGCUUGUCAGUAUAAUCAUAUACAGAUAGUUGAGGUAUUACUAGACAACAAUGUGGACAUUAAUAUGUGUGCAAAUAAUGGAGCAUCUCCUUUACAUAUUGCUUGUUUCAAUAAUCAUAUAGAGACAGUAAAGAUGUUAUUGAACAACAAGGCAGAUGUUAAUACAUGGGAUGAUAAUGGAACAUCUCCACUGUAUAUUGCUUGUCAGAAUAAUCAUAAAGAGAUAACAGUUAAGGUAUUACUGGACAACAAUGCAGUCAUUAAUAAGUGUGAUGCUAAUGGAGUUUCUCCGCUAUAUAUUGCUUGUCAGAAUAAUCAUAAAGAAACAGUUAAGUUAUUACUAGACAGCAAAGCAGAUAUUAAUAAGUGUGAUGGUAACGGAGGAUCUCCUCUGAAUGUUGCUUGUCAGAAUAAUCAUAUAGAGACAGUAAAGAUAUUAAUAGAUAAGAAAGUAGAUGUUCAUAAAUGUGAUGAUAAUGGAGCAUCUCCUAUGAUUAUGGCUUCUCAGAAUAAUCAGAUAAAGAUAGUAGAGGUAUUAUUGGAGAGCAAGGCAGACAUUAAUAAGAGUGAUGAUGAUGGAGCAGCUCCUUUAUAUAUUGCGUGUCAGAAUAAUCAUAAAGAGAUAGUAAAGUUAUUACUGAACAACCAGGCAGACAUUAAUAAGAGUGCUGAUAAUGGAGCAUCUCCUUUACAUGUCGCGUGUUACAAUAAUCAUAAAGAGACAGUAAAGAUAUUACUUGACCAAAAGGCAGACAUUAAUAAGAGUGAUAAUGAUGGAGCAUCUCCUUUAUAUAUUGCUUGUCAGAAUAAUCAUAUAGAGACGGUUACGGUAUUACUUAACAACAAAGCAGACAUUAAUAAGAGUGCUGAUUAUGGAGUAUCUCCUUUACAUAUUGCGUGUUACAAUAAUUACAAUGAGAUCGUUAAGGUAUUACUUUGCCAAAAAGCAGACAUUAAUAAGUGUGAUGAUAAUGAAGCAUCUCCUUUAUAUAUUGCUUGUCAGAAUAAUAAUACAGAAACAGUAAAUCUAUUACUGGACAACAAGGUAGACAUUAAUAAGUGUAGAGAUGAUGGAUCUUCUCCGUUGUGUAUUGCUUGUCACAAUAAUCAUAAAGAGACAGUAAAGCUAUUACUGGACAAAAAGGCAGACAUUAAUAAGUGUAGUGAUGAUGGAUCAUCUCCUUUAUAUAUUGCUUGUCAGAAUAAUCAUUUACAGAUAGUAAAGUUGUUACUAGACAACAAGGCAGAUAUGAAUAAGUGUGCAAAUAAUGGAGCAUCUCCUUUGAAUAUAGCUUGUUACAAUAAUCAUACAGGGACAGUAAAGGUUUUAUUGGACAAACAGGCAGACAUUAAUACGUGUGAUGCUAACGGAGCAUCUCCUUUGUAUAUUGCUUGUCAGAAUAACUAUAUAGAGACAGUAAAUGUAUUACUGGCAAACAAAGCAGACACUAAUAAGUGUAGAGAUAAUGGACAAUCGCCUUUGUUUAUUUCUUGUCAGAAUAAUCAUAUGGAGAUAGUUAAAGCAUUACUGAACAACCAGGCAGACAUUAAUAAGUGUACAAAUAAUGGAGAAUCUCCUUUAUAUAUUGCGUGUUACAAUAAUCAUGAAGAGACAGUAAAUAUAUUACUGAACAACAAGGCAGAUAUUAAUAAGUGUGAUAAUAAUGAAGCAUCUCCUUUGUAUGUUGCCUGUCAAAAUAAUCAUAAAGAGACAGUUACGUUAUUACUUGACAAUAAGGCAGACAUUAAUAAGUGUAGGGAUACAGGAGCAACUCCUUUGUAUAUUGCUUGUCUGAAAAAACAUAUAGAGAUAGUAAAGAUAUUACUUGACAACAAGGCAACCAUUUAUGAAAUAAGAUAA